AUGGAACAAACAAACAAGACUGCGGUGUCUGAGUUUAUUUUUCAGGGACUCUGUGCUUCAGAGGAACUACAGAUCUUCCUCCUACUGCCAUUUUCCAUCCUCUACCUGAUGACUGUGGUAGGCAACCUCUUUGUUGAUAUUGAUCAUCAUCUCCAUUCUCCCAUGUACUUUCUGUUAGCUAAUCUCUCAUUUAUUGACUUUUGCCUUUCCUCAGUAACCACCCCAAAACUGAUAACUGACCUUCUAAAAGACAAUAAAACCAUUUCCUUUGGGGGCUGCAUGAGCCAGAUCCUCUGUGUGCACUUCUUUGGAGGAGGUGAGAUGGUACUUCUUGUAACAAUGGCCUAUGACAGAUAUGUGGCCAUCUGCAGGCCACUCCACUACAGCAGCAUCAUGGACAGACAGAAAUGUAUCUGGCUUGUUCUGAUAUCAUGGAUCAUUGGCUUUAUACAUGCCAUGAGUCAACUGAUCCUGAUUUUGGAACUACCUUUCUGUGGACCUAGAGUGAUAGACAGCUUUUUCUGUGAUAUUCCUUUGGUGAUGAAAUUAGCCUGCAUGAAUACUGAUACUCUGGGAAUAGUGAUAAAUGCUGACAGUGGUGUCUUAGCAACAUCUUGUUUCAUUCUUUUGCUAAUUUCUUACACUUAUAUUUUACUAACUGUUCAGCUUCACUCUAAAGAUGGCUCAUCAAAGGCACUAUCUACCUGUACUUCCCAUGUUAUAGUGGUUGUGCUGUUCUUUGGACCCUGCAUUUUCAUCUAUCUGUGGCCAGUCAGCAUCACUUGGGUGGACAAGUUCCUAGCUGUGUUUUAUACAGUCAUCACACCUCUCCUGAAUCCAGCUAUCUAUACACUGAGAAAUAAAGAUAUUAAGAAUUCUAUAAAGAAGCUGAAAAAUCACAUGUGA